CAUGCAGUGGAGAAUCCAGACCAACACCCUCCUGCCAUACAACAGCCCAAGGACUGUAUGAAGAGACCACCUCCCAUGUCCACUGCCUCUGGACCCACAAAGGCAUGAUGGCCCAGGCAGCCCCACUGCUACUGCUCCUGCCUUUGCUGUUAAUGGGUUCACAGGGACAAGUGUUCCCAGUGAAGUACCAGGAGGGGCAGACACUCAGAGUGAACUGCAGCUACAAUCCCCAGAGAGCUGAGAAGAGGUGGAAAACCUGGUGUAAAGUGAGAGAAGAUGAACAGUGGUGUACAACAGUAAUUAUCAGAAAGUCAGGCUUCCCUGAGCAACGUGGGGACUCACGAGCCUCCCUGGCAGAUGACACCUACACUGGUAGAAUCACCAUCACCAUGUCUAACCUCAGGGUGAACGACUCAGGCAUCUAUUGGUGUGGAAUCCGUGACUCUGUCAGGAACAGUAUUGAUAUUCUCAGGACAAUCAGGCUGGAGGUUUCUCCAGCCACAACAUCAAAGACCAACAAACAUUCUCAAACUACCACUGACUCACCUCUCACCACCUCUGCCAUGCCUUUGGCCACCAGCAGGCCAUCACACUCUUCCAUUUUCUCCAGUUCCCCAGUUGUCCAAGUACUAUGUGUGCUCGUUGUGACCAAAGGCCUAGUCCUCACAGCUCUGCUUGUUCUGUCCAGUAGGUAAAGGAAGGAGUCACUCGGAGCUUUCUCAGGAUCAAAAUGACCUGAAAUGAAAUGAAUUCAUUGCAACGUACAUCCCAAACUGAUGCAUAUUCCUGCCAUCUUGAGCUUGGCUCAGGCCACAGGCAAUAUGGGGAUAUCCCUUUCGGGUCAGAGCAACCAGCCACCAUACCCAUGCUGAUUCCCUGCCCAGAUCCUUGAAGCUGUUUACAUGCCUUUUCAGUUCUGAGUGGACCUCAGAGCUCACCUCUUUUUUUCUUUUAUGAUGUGAAGCUCCCCAUGUCUAUUCCUGGCAUUCUUAUUACUCGGUAGAUGGGUCAGUCUGUUUCUCUUAGGCCUUAGAAUGACUCCUCAUUGCCUUUGAAAUGAAGUUCAAAAUCCAAGUACUCAAGACCUUUCAUGGUGUGGCCCUCAAAUAUAGAUCCAAUCUUCUUUCUCACUAUUUACCUGAAGAGACUCUCCCCUAUGGCCAAGUUGGGCUCUUCACGUUCUGUAGAACAUCAUAUAAAACUCAAGUAUAAAUGGGAGCCACUAACCUAUACAUAAGGAUCUCUGUGUGCUAUGUUUUGACUUAUAAAACCAGUUAUUAACAGUA